UCAAAAAAACAAACAAAAAAACAAUGAGGUCACUGUCAUAUAAGAAGAUAUAUAUUCAUAAACUUGAAACGACAGCCCAAACGGUCAAAAACCAUCGACCAUCGAUGCACAUCCCAUAAACGUUUUAGUGAACACGGUUUUAACCGUGGAGGUGCAACGGGCCCUUAAAAAGCUGAGAAAAUAUGCAUUUCCAAAGUUGACCAUUUCCUGGCAAAACCAAGUGGUCGUUUUUUUGGAUGGCAGGUGUAUUUCCUCAAAUGCUGAAUUCUGUCUGAAAUUUUUUUUCGCUCUUACUCUCGUCGUGCUAUCUCUUUCGUACAUGCACGCGGUCCUUCACCCGUCACAUUUUCGACUCUACACCCUCACGCACAAGACGGGAAAUGCCAUUUUGUUCGUCAUCGAUUCACCCCUUAUCAUCCCCGGUGCUCCCAUAGACAGAUGACGUCGCUUUCAAGGCUCUCGAUCCGUCUUCGAGGAUCGACCCGUCCACCGACAAAGGAGGCGGAAGAGAUGAAAACCGAUUUUCCACCCCCGCGGGACGUGUCGUCAACCUCAUAGCCACCGGCACGACGUCGAAAUGAAAAAGGGGAAAACAGCCAAGAAAAAAAAAUUAUAAAGAUAAAAUGUAUCACCUGGUCGUUUAUUUUGAAAAAUGCGUUGGGCUAUUGUCGUCCUUUGUAUAUCCUCGGUGUCCGCUGUGAAGAGAAUUACAGGCUCCGGGCCUUCGGUGGCCGAGAGCGCUUCCUUCACCGCAUUCCUCAUGGACGAAGACUCAAGAUGGUGCACGGGCGGUGUGAUCGACCCUUACUGGAUCCUCACAUCCGCCUACUGCGCCCUGAGGAAGAAACUACUCAUCGUGCUCGGGGCCCGUAAUAUGUCCAACCUACUGCUCGAGAUCGGAUCCAACGAGUCGUUCAUGAGGACGCCCGAAUACGUCGUCGUACAUCCGAAAUAUUCGCCUAAAUUCGACCAGUACGAUAUCGCACUCGUCAAGCUGUACCACAAGAUAGAGGACAAGAGGGUGCAGCCAGUCCCGUUGGGCAGCAGUUGGCCGUCGGCAAGUAACGAGAUGACCGUGUGCCAGGUGGCGGGUUACGGCGGCGACCCAACUCAGUCCAUGGAUCCUGGGAUCCUGCGCUCGGCGUACGUCUACGCGAUGCACGGCCCAUACGCCUGCCGAUGCCUUUCCAAGCACGCGAGCCGCCGAUCCAUCUGUCUCAACGACUCCCGGGUCCAACCGUGCUCUAGCGACUGGGGCCACCUCCUCGUCUGCAACGGGAGCGCAUACGGAGUCGUCCAUACGUCAGCCUGGCUCCACACCUGCGACCUAACUCAGUUCACAGCCAAGAGGAAGAUAAAAGUGGCUUGCGGCCACCCUGAUGUCACCACCGUCUACACGUUCAUCUGCCCGGUGCUCGGAUGGAUCAGGAGCCACGUCGGAUCCGCUCCGGAGCAGCCAGCCAGCUGUACAGCCACUACCAUCUACCCCUUCUUUUAUUUUAUCGCAUCUCUCUUAACAGUGUGGAAUGCCGAUUAAAAUCGCGAAAUUUUACAUAUUUUACAAUAUAAUUAUUUAUGAAUCAAACAACGAAAUUUCAAAAAUAUUCACGUUUCAACGUAGGCCAAGAUGUCAAUUUUCUAACUCCCAACGUUACAGUCAUUCGGUUUUAUAACCGUACAUAAUAACUACGUCCCAUCCUUUUACUAUCAACAGCCAGCCCACUGUUAAAAACCUCGGUGUUUCCUUUGACGAAAACCUUUCCUCUAAACCACAUAUUUCCCAAAUUUCCCGAUGCUGUCAAUUUCGCCUGGCUGUUAAUUUUACCUUUCACCACUCUUUGUCUCCUCCCUCAUUUUUAUUUCUUCGGCUACAGCCGUGUCGCUUAUGUCGGACUUUCGUAGGAACGAGAAGAGCGUCUGAAAUGACGGACGAAUUAUUUUGUCAGAUUUAUUUUCCGUAACCCCGAAUGUCUAGUCUUACACACUUGUAAUCUAAUCUUUCCUGGCGUUAUCCAUUUUUCCCUAGACAGUAUUUCCUAGGAUCCUUCCUUUACCAGUCCAUAAACUCUCGACUACUUCACUACAAUUUCAAGCUAUUUCAGUUCAAAUCCUCUAUCCACUCUCACAUCCACUAGUUUCCCAAUGACCCUAUAUCUUCUUCGUCAUAAAACCUCCACAUUUGAGAGGACCUUCCUAGCUCGAGUCAAUCUCAGGAAUUCUCUUACCUUCCCAAACCGCAAAGCUGCCUCCCUUACCUCUUUUACAUCCCGUUUGUACCAACAACUCAUCUCCCUCCAAACAAAGACAGCAUAGUUCACAAUAUUAUUAAGUGCUUUUGCUACAUAAGAAAGCUUGUCACCAUCCUUUUCAUAACUUUUAAGUUGACAGUUUGUGAUUAUGUUCGCACAAGACAGAUAAUGCUUUAUUAUUAAUACUUUUCCUUAAAUUCUAAUUAUUGCUACUAUUAGUUCUAUUUUUUAUUAUGUGAUUUAGUUUAACUUAUUUCACUUUAUGUUAACGUCAAACCUUCAUUAAUUCAAGUGCCGGAUUUGUAAAAUUGUGUUACCUUCUCGUAAUUAUCUUAGUUACAAAUAAACUUAACGAUUGUAACCUAAAUCUAAAGAUCUUAUUUAAAGCAACGACUUAGUUAUAAAACUUACGUUAUAUCGUUUUAAGACCGUAGCCUAUCAAUUUUCUCAACUAACAACGUAAUAAGUCUAAGUCCGUACAUUUUUAACUUAACAACGUAAUAAACUUUUAAGGCCGAGACGUAUAAAUUUAUCAGGUUUAUAAAAAACGGAUCAACAUUUAAGGCCAAAAAGUAUAAUU